CGCGCCGCUCCUGACCCAGCAGGGUAAAUAUAUGUCUCAUUUCAGCAUUAGCUACUGAAUUCGACAUGUAAAUUUCAGGCCACAUGGAUGAGUGCCAACUUUGUAUUUCCUGUGUGUAUCCUGUGAUCAUUCUAUUUUGGAACAUUCUUCAAAGAGUUCAUGCAUCUUGCUGAGGACACCUGACCUUUUGAAGCUUCAUAAUUCACAUCUAGCUGUCACCAGUCUUUCCCAUGUUAACAGUUUUGACUAUGUUUUAUUAUCUAUGCCUUCGGCGCCAAGCCAGGAUAGCUACAAGAGGAGAAACGAUGAACAACCGUAGAACUAUAGAAUCCAACAGCCGGACUUCUCCUCUCAAUGCAGAGGUGGUCCAGUAUGCCAAAGAAGUAGUGGAUUUCAGUUCCCAUUAUGGGAGUGAGAAUAGUAUGUCCUAUACCAUGUGGAAUUUGGCAGGUGUACCAAAUGUUUUCCCAAGUUCUGGUGACUUCACUCAGACAGCUGUGUUUCGAACUUACGGAACCUGGUGGGAUCAGUGUCCUAGUGCUUCCUUACCGUUCAAGAGGACGCCGCCUAACUUCCAGAGCCAGGACUAUGUGGAACUUACUUUUGAACAACAGGUGUAUCCUACAGCUGUCCACGUUCUGGAAACCUACCAUCCUGGAGCAGUCAUUAGAAUCCUGGCGUGUUCUGCAAAUCCCUAUUCCCCAAGCCUUCCAGCUGAAGUAAGAUGGGAGAUUCUUUGGUCAGAAGGACCUACGAAGGUGAAUACUUCACAGGCUCGUCAGUUUAAACCUUGUAUUAAGCAGAUACAUUUCCCCACAAAUCUUAUACGACUGGAAGUAAAUAGUUCUCUUCUGGAUUAUUACACUGAAUUAGAUGCAGUUGUAUUACAUGGUGUGAAGGACAAGCCAGUGCUUUCUCUCAAGACUUCACUUGUUGACAUGAGCGAUCUAGAAGAUGACUAUGAAGGAAAAAAUGGAUGUGGAAUGGAUAGUCUGAACAAAAAGUUUAGCUGUACUGCCCUCAGAGAAGGGCCAAGUAAUGGAUAUUUUGAUAAACUGCCUUAUGAGCUCAUUCAGCUGAUUUUGAACCAUCUGACGCUCCCAGACCUGUGCAGAUUAGCACAGACUUGCAAACUACUGAAUCAACAUUGCUGUGAUCCUCUCCAAUAUAUCCACCUCAAUCUGCAGCCGUACUGGGCAAAACUAAAUGAUACCUCUCUAGAAUUUCUACAGGCUCGCUGCACUCUUGUCCAGUGGCUCAAUUUAUCUUGGACUGGCAACAGAGGCUUCAUCUCUGUUGCAGGAUUUAGCAGAUUUCUGAAGGUCUGUGGAUCUGAAUUAGUACGGCUUGAAUUAUCUUGCAGCCACUUCCUUAAUGAAACUUGCUUGGAGAUUAUUUCUGAGAUGUGUCCAAAUCUACAGGACUUAAAUCUUUCAUCCUGUGAUAAACUACCACCUCAAGCUUUCAACCACAUUUCCAAAUUAUGUGGCCUUAAACGACUUGUUCUCUAUCGAACAAAAAUAGAGCAAACAGCGCUGCUCAGCAUUUUGAACUUCUGUUCAGAGCUUCAACACCUCAGCCUGGGUAGUUGUGUAAUGAUUGAAGAUUAUGAUGUGAUAGCUAGCAUGAUAGGAGCCAAGUGUAAAAAGCUCCGUACUCUGGACCUGUGGCGGUGCAAGAAUAUCACCGAGAACGGGAUAGCAGAGCUGGCUUCUGGGUGUCCGCUGCUGGAGGAGCUCGACCUCGGCUGGUGCCCGACCCUGCAGAGCAGCACUGGGUGUUUCGCCAGACUGGCACGCCAGCUCCCAAACUUGCAGAAACUCUUUCUUACAGCCAAUAGGUCUGUGUGUGACACAGAUAUUGAAGAACUGGCCUGUAAUUGUUCCAGGUUACGGCAACUGGACAUACUAGGAACAAGAAUGGUAAGUCCUGCAUCCUUGAGAAAACUCCUGGAAUCCUGCAAAGAUCUCUCCUUACUCGACGUGUCCUUCUGUUCACAGAUUGAUAAUAGAGCUUUGCUGGAGUUCAAUAUGAACUUUCCAAAAGUGUUCAUAAAAAAGAGUUUUACUCAGUGACUUAAUCUACAUUCUACAAUAAAAAUUAAUGUGCUUUGUGGGGUCCCAUUUGGGAGGUGAUUUUUGUCUUGUUUAAUCCCAUUAAGACGUGUAUGUCCCAUUAAGAUAUUUUUUGAUUCUAAAGAAAAAUAUAAAAUUGUCUAUUAAUAAAUAAAGUAAACAUGUAAAGAAAUGUUUUCACAAAACAAUAACAAUAAGCACUUUUCUUCAAGUGUGAGUGGCUGCUAUUAUUUUUAUUUUUUGUUAAUCAGUGUAUUAUGCUUUAGUCAGUAUUUAUGUGUUUAAUAACAGUAAAACGUGGAAGCAUUUGAACUUAUUUUAAAGAAACAGUAAACAAAGUAUGAUAUUUAUGCAAAAUAAAAUUAAUUUUUCACACCUCCGUGUAAAGGUACUUCUUUAAUAAGUCUGUGUUUUAUUUGGUAUGUACAAAAUUGACUGAAUUAGGGAGUCUUACUUGUCAUCUCCUAAGAUGAUUCUUAAAGUGGUACUUCCAUCCGUUUGAAAAUUUUUAGUUUUUCCACUUUCCUUUUGGUAUAUUUAUCUUUUUCUAUUACUGUAUUAUAAUGUAAAAUUAUACCACCAUCAAAAACAGGAUAUGAACUGCUAUACACAGUACUGCUGCUGUUGAGGAGAUGCCUGAAAGUUUUGAGGGGAAAACUCUAAGAUGUCUGAAUUAUGUGUGGAUUUUAUUCCUUUUUUUCCCCUCUGUGCCCCGGUAGGUAGUUUUUUCUAACUAAAAAUCAAAUAUAAUGGAAAAAAAAAAGUAAACACUGGUUUGAUAGAGUGUGAAUUCAUUUCAUUCUACUGCUAGGAAAGUCGACACCAUUUUGUGUCAUAAAAAGAAUAGCAAGUGCUGGAGUGAUAGCACAGCGGGGAGGGCGUUUGCCUUGCAUGUGGCCGACCCAGGUUCAAUCCCCAGUAUCCCUUAUGGUCCCCUGAGUACUGCCAGGAGUAAUUCCUGAGUGCAGAGCCAGGAGUAACCCUGUGCAUUGUUGGCUGUGACCCAAAAAGAAAAAAAAAAAGAAUAGCAAUCCAAGUGUAUGGUGUCAAAUGUGUUCUUUCAUACAGGUUGAAAUGUUAAUUCAGGCAUCAGUAGGUCCCCCAGUUAUGGCAGCCAAUUGCCAUAUGUGACUAUUUAAUAUUAUUUUACACAUAAGUUAAAAACUCCACUCCUCGGUUGUACUAGCUAAAUUUCAAGUUCAAUAAACAUCAUAGGGCUGGGGAGAUCAUACAGUACUUAAGGUGUUUGCCUUGCACGUGCCUAACCUGGCAUCCCAUAUAGUCUCCUGAAAACUGCCAGGAGUAAUUCCUGAAUGCAGGUGUGCCCCCCAAAAAAAGAAGAGUUCAGUAAACACCUAAUGUAAGCGAUUGUCAUGCUGGAUUUCUCUACUUUCAGAUUUCUUUAAGAUAUAGUCAUUUGAGAAAAUGCAGAUUUAGUUUAAAAAUAGCACAGUUCAAGGGCCAGAGAGUUGUCUUGCCAUCCAUUGCCUUGCUUGCAGCCGACCCUGACCCUGGUUUUAUCUUUGGCACCAGAGCACGUCCAAGGAGUAGUCCCCAAACACAAAAGCAGUUUAUAUAUGUAUGUAAAUGUAUGAAAGUAUAUAUUUAAAUGUGUUGUAUGUAGUACUGUCUUCCCAUUGUUCAUCGAUUUCCUCAAACGGAUACCAGUAACGUCUCCGUUGUGAGACUUUUUGUUGUUGUUGUUUUUGCUUUUUGGGUCAUA